AUGAAGCUCACCUUGUGCCUAAGCCUUGCAGCUGGUCUCUGCCAUGGAGUAAACGCUUCUUGGCUCAGAUUGCUUCACGACUUUACUACGCCUCCCGUUGAAUACAGGCCAAAGUUCCGCUAUUGGUUACCAGACGCAAGCGUCGACCCGGACGUGGUACGAGAUGACCUCCGCCAGAUGGCCGCUGUAGGUGCUGGAGGGUUUGAGCUCCUGCCCUAUUUCGAGUUGGGGGACGAUCCCUCGCACUGGGGAGAGUUCGGCUACGGGACGGAAGCGUAUCGUCGAAUAUUCCGCGUCGCGAUGGAGACGGCAAAGGAGGAGGGCCUGCUCAUGGACUUUGCUGUUGCGGCAAACCAGGGCCAAGGAGUACCGGCCGCCCCCGGGACUGAAGGGCUGGCCAUGCACUUGACAUACUCCAACGUGACUGUUGCACCCGGACAAACCUUCAACGGGAGUCUGCCGCUUUCCCGCCAACCACCCAAUGAAAGGAAAUUCAUGCACCCCUUGGAGGAGUUUGGCGAGCAAAGCCUCACCGCUGUACUUGCAAUUGAGGUUCUGCCAGACGAUAAUACCACAGCAAGACAAUACAAGAAGAUUGAUCGAAUCAUCAAUCUGACGGACCAGGUAGCAGCGGUAUCGCGCUCACUUACCUGGACGGCUCCUGAAACUGUUCCUGGAGCGACCUGGCAGAUCAUGGCAUGGUAUGAACGCCACACAAACCAAAGAUCCAUUGACGGAGGCCCAGAAGCACAGACAUAUGUGCAGAAUGGUUCCUGGAUUGUUGAUCAUUUCAGCGCCGCUGGCGCUCGUCUCAUGACAGACUUUUUUGACACUCACGUUGUCCCCGAACAGAGUGAUCGCGACUUGCUCGCAGCCGUCGGUAAAUAUGCAUGGGAGGAUAGUAUGGAGAUGCACUCAACUGUAUGGUGGACUCGAGGGUUUGACUCGGACUUCCUGCAUGAACUGGGGUAUGAUAUUCGUCCGUGCCUCCCUCUUCUCCUGGUUCGAGAGAAUUCUUGGGCCCAGUUGAGCACACCAUACGGAGUGGGAUUCGAGUCCGUGAAUGCAUCUCGAGGAGACGCCUGCAACCACGACUAUCGAUCGGUCUUACAAGCCAAAUACGAGGAAUACGUACAAGCUCAUGUCCGAUGGGCACGGCUGAGAGGUCUUGAGUAUUCGAAUCAACCAGCGUACAAUUUGCCGCUGAGCAUGGUUGACUCUUCACGUUUGCUUGAUGCCCCGGAGGGUGAGAAUCUGGGAUUUAUCGAAAGCAUCGACGCCUACAGGCACAUGUCUGGGCCAUCCCAUUUCCGGUCGAAUCCAGUGACAUCGUCAGAGCUGGGUGCCGUCCGGGGCACGGUAGCAUACUCGCAGACGCUAAGCCGACUGCUUUACUCAUUCCAUCGCGGGCUGGCGGGUGGCAUUUCCAUGAAUGUCCUCCAUGGCUUUCCGUAUGGAGGUCCUUUUCGAAACACGACGUGGCCAGGAGUAACCAUCUUCCACUUCUUGUUCCCCGAAAUGUGGGGGCCACGGCAGCCGACUUGGAGAGUUUUCCCGGACCUUCUUGCGUACAUGGCUAGAAGCCAAUAUAUUCUGCAGGCUGGCACUGCCCGGGUUGACCUGGCGAUAUAUGCGGACGAUGCUCCGUGGACCCUAUCUUCGGGUUACCAUAGCGCCAACCUGCAAGAAGCUGGAUUCACGUACGAUUAUAUCGGACCAGCGCUCCUUGGAAGCAAUCUCGCCAUCACCCGAGAGAGCAUCUUGGUGCCUGACGGACCGGCGUACAAAGCUCUGAUCAUCUCCAAUACAACCACCAUCGAUUCUGCCACGGUGACCAAGCUUUUGAAACUCGCCCACGAUGGUUUACCUAUUUUCCUCAUUGGCGACUUUGGAGUUGAUCGGGAUGCUAUGGGCCCGCUUUUUCAGCGAGACUUUCCACGCGUAUCUAGGCUUGCUUCAUCCAACGCCCUACCCAAGGCGUUAAAAGAUGCUGGAAUCAUUCCGAACGCGGCGCCCUCCAGUUCCGACUCGGCAGCAGGGUGGUAUUCCUUCUGGCGCAGUACCGACGAGGCCGAAAUAGCUUGGUUCUACAACGACGGCGAAAACGACGACACGCCUAGCAGGACAGUCGACAUUUCAUUUUCCGGCAUGGCCAACAAGAUGCCGGUCUUGUUGGAUGCUUGGUCCGGUCAGGGUACGCCGCUCCAUUAUUUCAAGAGGGGCGAGACUGACAUGGUCAUUCCCCUGACGCUUGCCGCCAACGAGACGAAAAUCAUUGCGUUCAUUAAGAAUCGCGGGAACCGCGGACCGGGACUUUCGACCAAGAGCCAUAUAACAGAGUUUUCUGGAGCAAUAGCGGCGUUCUUUUCUCCUCCCGUCGAUGAGUCCCAAGAUGCCACUUUUGCUCUGCUCUCGGGCGGCACGGCGAGUGUGACGUUAUCCAACGGCACCGAGGUUCACUUUGAGGCAUCGGUGCCGGAACCCACAGUCCUCGAUUUGUGGAACAUUACCAUUGAAAGUUGGCAACGCCCAGAUGGGAAUGAGAGCAGUGGCCCGAAUCUCCAGAAUCUCCGGUUCUCGGAUACGGCGCUGCUUCCAUGGAUCAAUCUUGAUGGGGACGAAAUGGACCAAGUUAGCGGAGUCGGUUAUUAUUUCACCGAGUUUGCACUGCCGUUGUCUUCGCCGCAGGGCAGGAGGCUAAGUGCACAUCUUCAUCUGGGGAGGUUUGAGGGCGCCGUCCGUCUUUGGCUUAACGGUAGGCAACUCCCUUCGGCGGUGGUGUACACUGGCAACGACACUGUCAUCGACCUGACUUGGCAUUUGCACGGGGGUUCCCGCGACGUUGCCCCUAGCUCGUAUCUUCUAGAGGUGGAAGUCUCUACCACGCUUCUUAACAGGGUGCGAGCGGAUAGGGAUUCAAUCAUUUCGUCGGGAAUCGGAGCCGGAGACAUCACUGGCGCCGGACCAAGGUAUGAGGCUACGUCUCCGGCACGAUACGGUCUGCACGGUCCGGUUUGGGUGGAGUGGUUGGAAAUGGUGCAACAUAUCUAG